AUGCAGUCUAAAAUCGUAAAUUCUGCAAAGAGAAAUCUAAAUUUUUAUCAAAAUUUCAUCCUGCCUACGUUGAUUUCAGUGGUCGGAGUGAGCCGCUCGCGAGAAUCUGCAUCGACAUCGAAGACUAUCACUCCGUCUGUAGCAGCCGAAUGGCCACUAAACCCCACCUCACAACCGGUUGAAUUGAACAUAAGUCCGGCGCAAAGUACAACGCGACUUACGAGGCGAGAAACACCCGAGGGCAAGAAAGAUGCCAAAAAGAGUAAACGAUCCACCGAACGACGAAAUUCAACGGAAUCUGAGAACAAAACCCAAAGCAUACCAUCGCCGUAUUCGAAGGUGAACAUAUUCUUCCGUCUUAAAUACAUUGUUUUCAUAUUAUUCGGCGGAUGA